AUGGAAGAAUUAAAUUUAAAAUUAAAUAAUAGUUUAGUUAUUAAUAUUAUACCAAAUGAAAAUGAUAAAAGAUUAAUUUCAAAAUAUCCAAUUUUAAAAUUAUAUUUAUAUAAUGAAAAUGAUUUAUAUAAAUAUAAUUUUGAUUCAAAUAAAGUUUUAUGGUUUGUUUGUUUAGAGAGUGGUAAUAUUUUUCAAGAGAAUUUAAAAUCAGUAAUUGAAAAGAUUGAUUAUUAUGGUUUAACAAUUAUAAAAACUGAAUGUAUUUGUUCAAUGUGUAAUUUAGAAACAAAAAGAAUUUCAUUUCAACAUUUUAAAUUCUUAGAAUCAUUAAUUCCAAUACAAUUUCAAAAUUCAUUUCAUUAUGUUAAUAAAUUAAAUGAUAUUGAAUAUAAAUUAAUUAAAACAAAUUUAAAUUCAAAUUCAAAUUAUAAUUCAAAUAAUAAUUUAAAAAAACAACAAUUUUUAUCAGUAAAUUGCUUUUUUAAUCAAUCAAAAUGUCCAGAUUUUUCUUUUUAUGGUUGUUAUGGUGAUACUGUAUUUCAAUUUAAUAGUGGUUAUAGUAAUGCUCAUUUUGAUGUUGUUGACCAUAAUAAAAGUAAUUUUAAUUCUGGAAUAUUUAAAUCAAAGAAACCAUUUCAAAUUUUAUACGAAACUUGGUUAAAAGAUUAUGAAAUUUGUCAAAAUUCAAAUUUAGUAAUUUUUUGGUCUGUUCAUAAUUCAAUAGAAUUUUAUUAUUUUCCAAAGAAUUCAAAUUUUCAAAUUAAUUCAAAUUGGAAAAAAUUUGGUGAUAAAAUUUAUAUUAUUAAAAAUUAA